AUUAUAACAGCGAUACGCUACGACUCCGCUCGUCAGGUGCUUGAGCGAUGGCAACCCAGCUAGAUACACUUGUGCAAAUUGUAGGUCAAGACAAAAAAGAAGAGGUCGUUAGAAUAUGCACUGAACAGAAUUUCGCGGAGGCAGUGUCGUAUGCCUAUGACAAUGUUAUAUCGGUGGACCCCGAGAAAUUGAGUGCUGCAGAGCAUGCAGUAGGUGCACACGAUAAGGAGAGUGAUUACUAUAAACUCUUCAUUGACGAGUUCAACAUGAAAGAGCAUUUCAGCCAGGUGUGUUCACAUCGCAAAUUCGUGAAGAAAGCUUUUUUCAGGGUGCAGAAAUUCUUGGAUCACAUGACCGCGGAGGACGCAGAGCGUCACGACCUGACUAAGUUCACUCUGGCCCAGGGAGUGGGGUACACGGCGCGCUGGGUGCACGGGAUGGACAAUGCGUGCUGGAAGAAGGCGCUACAGCACCACUACGAUCAUGAGCCCCACCACCCCCAGUAUUUUCCGGACGGUAAGAUGGAGGCCAGGUAUUUGGAGGAGAGUUUAGUGGACAUGAUCGGAUCUCGCUGGGAGAGGAAUCUAAACGGGGCCGAGGAGGCGUCCAAUCAGGACCUCGUUGACUUUAACCCAGUUUACCUGUCACGUUACUGUCCAGAGGACUUGGAAAAAGUGAAAGCACUCAUUGAGAAAAUCAAACAGGGGUGAAAUGUGAACUUGAUUUAGUUAUAAAAUAGACAUAUCUUAAGAACAAAUUUUUAUUUUUAAAUUGUUUUUAUUUUUUUAAUUUUAUGCCAGUAUUUAUUUCUUCCCACCACAAUUCUUAGUUUUAAGAAAAAUGCAAUAUAUGUACAGUUAACUAUAUAAUAUGAAUAAAUAUAGAUGUUUCUUUUUUAAUUUAAAA